AAGGAAUGCAUAAGAGUAACCAAAAAAGAAAAAGGAAAUUCUAUUACUUGCUCAACAAGAAAUACACCCAACAGUCAGCCCAACAAUUUUCUAUAUAUAACGUAGCUCGGAAUUGUUAUUUCAUUAGCAAAAAUUUUCUUCUAACAAUUCAUAAAAAGUUUCAGAAGAUAAAAAUGAUGAUGAUGGGGGAAACAUGGUCUCAACUAGGCUCACUGAUUGCGACUGCAAUGUUUCUAUGGGCGAUGUUUGACAAAUAUUUUCCUUACCAACUUCGUGGCCCUAUCCUAACUUAUAGUAAGAAAUUGGCGAGUUUCGUGUAUCCUUAUAUCCAAAUUAAGUUCCAGGAAUUCACUGGCGAGUAUCUUAAGCGUAAUGAAGCCUAUGCUGCCAUUGAAACAUACCUCAGUAACAAGUCCUCCGCCGAAGCUAGAAGUCUUAAAGCUGUAGUUGUCAGAGACAGCAAUCAACCUGUACAACUGAGCAUGGAUGAGAACGAAGAGGUUACAGAUGAAUUUGAAGGGAUCAAGGUUUGGUGGACUGCAAAGUCAAUCACCCCAAGAACACAGUCAAAUCCUUUCUACCCAGAAACGGAGGAGAAGAGGUAUUACAAGCUCACUUUCCAUAAAUCUCACCGAGAAAUUCUAUGUGGAAAAUACAUCAAUCAUGUGCUGCAAGAAGGGAAGGCAAUAACGGUGAGAAAUCGACAAAGGAAGCUGUGCAUCAACAAUCCUAGUCAGAAUUGGGGUGGCUACAAAUCGCGAAAGUGGAGCCAUGUGACUUUUGAGCACCCAGCAAGUUUUGACACUUUGGCCAUGGAGUCAAAGAAAAAGGAAGAAAUCAUCAAUGACCUUAUUAAGUUCAGCCAGGGGAAAGAGUAUUAUGCUAAGAUUGGCAAGGCCUGGAAGCGUGGCUAUCUUCUUUAUGGUCCUCCUGGAACUGGUAAGUCUAGCAUGAUUGCUGCCAUGGCUAACUUCAUGAACUAUGAUAUCUAUGAUCUUGAAUUGACAACGGUUAAGGACAACACGGAGCUGAGGAGGCUUUUGAUUGAAACGACAAGUAAGUCUAUUAUUGUGAUUGAAGAUAUUGAUUGCUCACUUGAUCUUACGGGUCAACGAAAAAAGAAAAAGGAGCAAGUGAAUGAUGAGGAAAAGAAGGACCCUGCCAGUAAAAUGGCCAAAGGAGAAGAAGAAAGUAAUAGUAAGGUCACUCUCUCUGGUUUGUUGAAUUUUAUAGAUGGGCUUUGGUCGGCUUGUGGGGGAGAGAGGAUCAUUGUUUUCACUACUAAUUAUGUGGAAAAACUUGAUCCGGCUCUCAUUAGGAGGGGACGUAUGGACAAGCACAUAGAAAUGUCCUAUUGUGGCUUUGAAGCAUUCAAGGUUCUGGCCAAAAAUUACUUGAAUAUUGACUCACACCCUUUGUUCAUGACUAUUGGCCACUUGUUGGAGGAAACGAAUAUUACUCCUGCUGAUGUUGCUGAGAAUUUGAUGCCUAAGUCACUGUAUGAUGAUGCUGAGACUUGUUUGAAGAAAUUGAUUGAAGCUAUUAAGACUGCCAAAGAGGAGGCAAUAAAGAAGGCUGAGGAAGAGGCGCGGUUAAAGGCAGAGAAAGAAGAGAAAGAGAAGCAAGAAACUACUCAAGAAGAUGUGAAAGUUGAUGAGUCUUCAGCUAAAGAAGUGAAAGAGAAUGGUGUUGAAGUUGUGAUAGAAGAUAAGACAUUGGCUAAAGAGAUUAAUGAAAAUGGAGUCACUGCCUGAAGUAAACUAGGAUACAAUUAUGACUGAAGUGAUUAGGUGUUAUUGUGUGCUCUGCGUUAUAUGUAUAAUAAAAGAGGUUGAACAGACGUUGUGUAAUAAAUUGAAUAGCUUGCUGUAGUGGGUAUUUGUGUAAUAGGUUCAUCAAAAAAAAAAAAAACACAAAAUUAUUGUGGUGGUCAGAAAUGUCUCAAAUACUAGAUGUUGAAUGUAUCUCAGUUUGUUAAAUAAAAAUUGUCAGUUUUUACGGGUUA